AAUAAUGUGAUUAUAAGAACUUCCUCAUCGCUAUUUUCGUAUAAAAGGUGAAGCUUCUCAAAAAGUAAGCUCAAAAUUAAAAAGUCUAUUCAAUCAAAAUGAUGUUAUAUACAACUUUACUGGUCGCAGGUGUUAUUGGAAUUCUUGCAAACGUUCAAGGAUUUCCAGCACAAUUUAAAGAUCCUGAAGACACUGCUAUUUGGCCAAUUCCACAAAAAAAUCAAACCAUUCGUUGGAUGACUGAAGAAGAAGCAAUACUGGAAGCAUUACAAACUGAAGCAGAAGAAGAAGACUCAAAACUACAGGAAAAAGAAGUUAGAACCAAUACAAAAUCGGAUUAUGUUCGUUUCCUCUUGUACACUAAACAAAAUCCAACAGAACCCUUUGAGCUCAAAACAAACGAUUUAGAAUCUUUGAAGAACUCACCUUUUGAUCCUAACAAUCCAACAAGGUUUAUGAUUCACGGCUUCAAUGGACAUUAUCUGGGAGAAGAGAAUACUGUCAUAAGAGAAGCUCUACUCCUCAAUGUGGAAAAGCGUAAAUUCAAUUUCAUAUCAGUCGAUUGGAGUGUUUACAGCGAAACCUUAAACUACAUCUCAGCGAAAAAUAAAUGCUCCAAAACGGGUGUGAUUGUAGCUGAGUUCAUAGAUUGGAUGUAUGAGAGCGGUGAUCUUUCGUUUGACAACUUAGCCGUGUACGGACACAGUUUGGGAGCACAUAUUGCUGGAUUUGCUGGAAAGAAUAUUAAACUGGGCCAAAUCAAUACAAUCAUUGGAUUAGAUCCAGCUAUGCCGCUGUUUAGCGUGAAUAAGCCCGAAAAGCGCUUGUCUCGUACCGAUGCCAAAUAUGUCGAGACCAUACACACAAAUGGUGGACUUUUGGGAUUCUAUGAUCCAAUUGGAGUUACAUCGUUCUAUCCGAAUGGAGGAAGAACUCAACCAGGAUGUGAAAAUGAUAUUGCUGGAAUUUGUUCGCACAUAAGAAGUGCUUAUUAUUUGGCUGAAGCUUUGAAGUUCUCCAAUAUGAAUGGACUCCGAGGGGUUAGGUGCAAGAAUUUUGAGAGUCUUAAAAAUGGUGAUUGCAGUCAGAACCAGUUUGCAGCUAGAUCUAGUUUGGGUGAUCCAAAUAAUGCUGGAAGUACUUUUGGAAUAUUUUAUUUGGAAACCAAUAGCGAGUCACCUUUUGGAAUUUACAACUAGUUGCUAUGUUUGUUGGUAAUACUUCUGAAGAGAUAAAGUGCUUAUAUUAAGCAUGUAUUAAAGAAUCUUAUAAGUUUUAAGUAAAUAUAUAAAAAAGAAAG